AUGCGAUUCCCCAUUGAAAUCCUCCGCCAAAUCAUCCAGAGUGCGGUGGAUCUAGUGCCAAUCCGGGAUUUGUUCCAGGCCAGAUUGGUCAACACUUUCUUCGAUGAGGAGAUCAUUACGUUCUUCCUGGACAGUCCGCGCUUGGAGGAAGAGGCAUUCUGCUUUCCUACGUCGUGCCGCACCAAUAAGGCGAUCAAGGGACGGUGGACGGAGUUUCCAGACCGGCUCAAGCGCUUAUAUCUCUACCGCAAGAUUCAGAAACAUCCGCGCAGCCGAUGUGCCUUUACGUGCUGGGUACAAGAGGUGCUGGACCACCAGUUAGGGACUACUCCGGAAGUGGAGCAAAAGGACGAAUGGAUAGCAAAGUUGGUCGAUGUCACGAUAUCGGGCCACUAUGAGCCAGCGAACCUGUUCAGUCCCGACCGGUGCGAGUGGUGGAUGAAAAGAGUCCGGGCUAUGUUCCAGGACUCCAUGGUGCAGUCCAUCCCCAUUCUUCUGGCCUGCAGUGCCAUCAAACGGGGGGAUUGCGCGGAGCUGCAGACGGCGCUGCAGAAUGGAUUGCAAAUGCAGAGGCUGUGUGUACGUUUCGGCGUCAUCACGCUAGAUGUCGCCGCCAGAAAGGGGAACAAAGAGAUUGCCAGAACGCUGGUGGAGCACAAAUGUCCCAUGUGGUAUGACGUGAAUUGGAAUACCUGCCAUGUGGUGCCCGUAGCUGCGGUGGCCCAAAACAAGGAGGCGCUGGAAGUCUGGAUCGAGCACCUUUAUCAAACGCAUCCGAGCUCCGCUGUGCCCGCAUGGAACUGCGCAGAGGCAAUGGAGAAAUUAGCGCGUAGAGGACUGAUCGAGAUGAUGGAGUUCAUGAUGGAGCGAUAUCCCGCGACGCUGCAUGACCGAAUCGGGGCCUUGUCCGCGGCCAUCGAUAGCGGCCAAUGUGCCGCAGCGCAGUGGCUUCUGGCACGCCUCGAUGCUCCGCUCCCGCCUGACCGAGGAAGAUGGUUAUUGACAAGCAGCUUGAAAUGCUGCCCCCGGGCCAAGAGAACGCGAAUGGUGCAACUCCUCCUGGAGCAUGGAGUUGACCCGAAUGGAGACGCCCGGUUUCAGACGCCACUCGAUGUGGCUGUGGCAGCCGGAGACGUGAGCAUUGCCACCAUGUUAGUGCAAUACGGAGCCAACUUCAACCAACGUCUUCCUCCUGGUUCGCGCUUGAUGAAACCAUCGCCGCUAAUGCUGGCAGUCCGGCAAAGAUCGGCGCCCCUCAUCCGAAUGCUUCUGGAAAAUGAAGCAGAUCGGACGUAUACCUGGAAGCGAAGGAAAUACACGGUAUACUGUGAUGUGGAGGAAGUGCGUAACCUGGAGAAGGUCUUGAGGGAGCUGGGGUGGGACGAGGAGAAAGUGAAGCAGGAAGCCGGGGAUUAUUGGGUGUUGGGCGAGAAGCUCCGGAACCCCCGCACGUGA